CAACCACAACCUUGCCAUGCCCACGACGUCGGUGCAGUUGCCGCCGCGUAAACGGCGCAAAACGCAGCUUGCCUGCAACCCAUGCCGCGCUCGUAAGUCUGGAUGCGAUGGAGCGCGCCCGGUGUGUUCUUCUUGUACAUCCAAAGGUUGGCAGCAACGGUGCACAUAUCAAGAAUCCGUCUUGCAUGCGUCAUCGACACCAUCAAUUUCCCAACUGUCAAAGAGGCUGGAGCGUUUGGAAGAGCUUCCCGCAGCUCAAGCUCGUGACGGACUGCCGCAUCCCGAUCCCCGUCCAGAAACAGACAUUUCGGGAGGAGCUCAUGAUGUCUUUCCCCUGACUACCAACGGAUUAACCACUCCUAUUGGCAACAUCACUCCCCAGCCGCCCGCUCAGCUCUCAGCGACAAACGCCCUUCAAUCUGCUUCACCAUUGUCUCGCAACGAAGCCGAUGGCGAUGCCAUGUACGGUCCUUCAUCCAACAGCUCAUUUCUACGACUGGUGACAGAAGCCGCGGGCCCCAGAAGCUCAAACACGAAGAGUCCAGAGGAGCUGGCUGGACAGGAUGCAGUGGAAGCCACCCCUACAGUACUCGGAUUCGCGAUAACAACGCAGCCCAAGAGUCCUGAUAUCCUACCGGACCCCGUAAUGCUUCCCGAGAGGUGGCUCGCCGAUAAUCUCUUCCGCUGCUUCUGGGAUUUUGUCCACCCGGUGUUUCCCAUACUCCACCGGCCUUCGUUUACCGCAUCGUACGAAGCGGUGUGGCAGCCAUCUCAAGGCCGACCUCCUAAUCGAGAUUACAAGGACAUCGUUUUCCAUGCCACCUUGAGCAUCGUGCUGGCUCUGGGGUGUCAGCGGACAGAUCAGGUCUCGGUAACGGAACAAGUCCGCCUAGCCAACAGGUUCUAUAAGCAAUCUUGCAAGCUCGUGUCAGUUGAUACGCUCGAUCACUCCUCUCUACAAAUCGUCCAGCUAUUGCUGCUGAGGGGCGUUUACCUACACUACACGCAGUACGCGGACCGAUGUUGGAACACAGUCGGAGUCGCACUGCGAGUUGCGCAGGGUCUCGGAUUGCACUCGCGCGGUGAUGGAUCAAUGUCCUCAAACAGCCAGCUCAAGAGGGAGAUGAGGCGACGUGUCUGGCACUGUUGCUUAACUUUAGACAGACUCACGGCAACCACCUUUGGGAGACCUGUCCUUGUGUCUCGGCAGUACUCCGUCCCUCCACCGGAACCUAUCGACGAUGAGUAUUUGUCUGAGAGUUCCGAAGGCCUACAGCCGUCGGAUCGCCCCUCUUACCUGGCCUUUUUUGUACACUCCGUUGCGCUGUUUGAUGUAUUGAAUGAGAUACUAGCCAGAUUCUACACCGAAGGCGAAUCCGUAUCGGACAAGACACCCGAUUCACUCAGUCAUGUUUUACAGCUCUCGUCAAAGCUCGAUGAGUUGGGUCACUCAUUCCCGCCGUACCUCAGGGAAGGCGCAGAUUUGACACAGCUAGACGAAGAGCUGCGAGGGUGUCUGCAAAUGCAGGCAAACAUCCUCAAGUCCAGAGUCUUAUGGAUACGGCUUCUCCUCCUUCGUCCGCUCCUCUUGGCCGAGGCCAAGCACGGCAGCCGACCCGAAAAGCCAUUCGCAACGGACGCCACACAUACACUCCGAGAUAGCCUAGGGCACUCGGCCAACUUGCUCUGCGUUUCGACGGCUCACAGCGUACUCCAGGAGCUUCACGAAAAGCUGGGCAGCGUCAGGCAGAACUCGGCCUGGCAUGUUCUACUCUUCACAUUUGCCGCAGCUUCCACCCUGGUAGUCGCUACCCUGUGCCCCGAUUUCCACGUCAGCUUCGAAACAGAGCCGACAAAAUCCUCGUGGAACCGAGCCUUGCGCAUCUUUGACUUUCACAAGCAGCACGUCGCGUCCGCCAGCCGAGGCAUCGAAGUAUUGGAAAAGUUUCGCGCAUCUGUCAUGGCUGCCGCUUCGCAGCGAGACGCUCCCGGCGGGGCGCCCGCCACUAAUGGUAAGAGAAAAAUAUACAAAGAGAGCAAGAAAGGGGGUUGGCUUCCCUUAUUCAUGAAUGGAAAUUGGUAGACCGAAUAGGAGAGAAGCUAACCAUUCUUUUGGCGCUCUUCCAUAGUAGAACCAUAUGAUGCGCGACUUGGGCAAGGGAGCGAGCAGGACGUCUUGCUCCCGUUUGGCUCUGUGCCUGGUACGAAUCAGACGUCCCUAGCGCAGGACUUUGGGGAUUUCUCAGGCUCUGAUUUGCUCAAUGAAAGCUGGUUCAACAUUCAGGGGAUAGAUCUGGCCAACUGGGGAAUUUUUCAAUAAACGCAGCGAUCAUAAAUGACAAGGGCAUCAAUCUAUUCCAAUAAGCCAUCCUUGUCAUCCAGCUUCUGCAUCCUAUAGUGUACGACAUUGCUACAUAGGACGACGGUCCUCUUUUGCUGGAAGAAUAUAGACCCAAUAUGAUUGAGAUACAAGUCCACUCAGAUCAUGGGUCCCAACCAGGCAUGGGAGAGUCCCAGUUCCCAAUUGACGGGCACAUUCGACUGGAAAUUGCUGAGGAGCGAUUGAGAUUCCUCGCCUCAGAGAUCAUCUUGGUGGGGCAGACAUGGAAGCCAACGGGAAUGCUGAGUUCUCAGAGUGGAACAAACCAAAUCUUCAGUAUGGGCUAUCCAAGCUACGAAUACAAUACUAACAGAACUCCCUCUCAAGACACAGGAGCCUCAGAGUCAUGGAACUCGCCCAGCUUGAGCAGCUUCUUCGCAUUAUCACGCCCAAUCUUGCGAUAAUUCUCAACGCCGCCCACCGCCUCCUUCACCUCCUCAGCCUGGCCGUCCCACCAAGCAGAG